AUGGUGCCCACUGCCGCUAGCUGUGUGGUCAAACUUCUUCCCUUUGCGCUGCCCGCCGCCGCAGCUGGUCUCGCGUAUCUUAAUGGCCGCCAUGGCUUCACCUACGACUGGCCCCUCUUGUCCUCCUUCAUCGGCAGCAGCAUCGUCGGCGCGCAGCAGGAACGACGCGACACGCUGAACCUCUUCUACGAACUCGAGGCGCAUGCCCACUCCUCUUCGCGCGCAGACCGUGCUUGGAUCAUCUUCCAGGGCAAGACAUGGACGUAUGCGCAGGCUUACGACGUCGUGCUGCGGUACGGGAACUGGCUGAAGAGCAAGGGCGUGGCGAAGGAUGAGAUUGUCGCAAUGGACUUUGUCAACUCGGACGUCUUCAUCUGGGUCUGGUUUGGCCUCUGGAGCAUUGGCGCGAAGCCCGCCUUUAUCAACUACAACCUCUCCGGCAAGCCGUUGGUCCAUACCGUCAAGACGAGUACCGCGCGCUUGGUGCUGGUGGACCAGGAGAGCAGGGACAAGUUCAGCGAAGACGCGCUGAAGGAGCAUGGCCUCACUCGCGUCCACCACGCAGACAAGGUCAAAUACACGUUUGAGCAGGAACCGUCCGACGUCCCACAAUCAGUCAAGAACCAGACACAGACUCCCCAAGCCGCCGUCGAAGCGGGCGCCGUCUCUGAGCCUUUGACUGCGCAGCGAAACCUCGAAAUCAUCUUCUUCGACGACGCCCUGACCUCGACCAUCCUCACGCACCCGCCGACGCGCCUCCCCGACUUGGCUCGCUCCGACCAAAAGCGCAGCAGCAUGGCCAUGCUCAUCUACACGUCCGGCACGACGGGCCUGCCCAAACCCGCCGUCAUGUCCUGGGGCAAAUGCGGCGGCGGCGCAAAGUUCGCCGCAAGCUGGAUGUCACUAAAGAACGACAUCGUCUACACCUCCAUGCCCCUCUACCACAGCUCCGCCUCCGUCCUGGGCGCCUGCGCCGUCCUCCGCGCCGGCAGCACAAUCCACCUAUCCAAGAAAUUCUCCCACAAGACUUUCUGGCCCGAGAUCCGCUCCUCACACGCCACAAUCCUGCACUACGUCGGCGAAACAUGUCGCUACCUGCUCUCGGCGCCGCCCUCGCCCCUCGACAAACAGCACCACCUCCGCGCCGCCUUUGGCAACGGCCUGCGCCCAGACGUCUGGGAGCCGUUCAAACACCGCUUCGGCAUCACCACAAUCUACGAAUUCUACGCCGCAACCGAAGCCCCCGGCGGCCUCUUCAACUGCUCUUCAAACUCCUUUUCCAGCGGCGCAAUCGCCCGCAACGGCCUCCUCGCCAACUUCCUCAUGACGCGCAAACUCACCCUCGUGCGUAUGGAUCCCAACGCCGAUCCCCCGGAGCCCCUUCGCGACCCCAAAACCGGUCUUUGUCAAAUCAGCGACUACAACGAACCCGGCGAGCUACUCGGUAAACUGGAUGCAGACAAUAUAAAAGACGGGUUCCAAGGCUACUACGGCAACGAGAAGGCGACCAACUCGAAGAUUAUUCGCAAUGUCAAGACGAAAGGGGAUGCGUAUUUCCGGUCUGGCGAUCUUAUGCGCUGGGACGCGGAAGGCAGGUUCUGGUUCGUUGAUCGCAUUGGCGAUACGUUUCGUUGGAAAGCGGAGAAUGUGUCUACGGCUGAGGUAUCGGAGGCUGUGGGCAAACACGACAGUGUUGCCGAGGCGAAUGUAUACGGCGUUAGUGUUCCCGGGCAUGACGGGCGCGCGGGGUGUGCGGCAAUUGUGUUUGAGCAGGGGGUUGGUGAGGUGGGGGAGAGGCUGCUUGCGGAGCUGGCGCAGCAUGUUAAGAAGGAGUUGCCCGCGUUUGCGAUGCCUGUUUGGAUUCGGGUUACCAGGGAGAUGCAGUUGACGGGGACUAAUAAGCAGCAGAAGGUUGAGUUGCAGAAGGAGGGGAUUGAUCCGAGGGUUGUCGAGGAGAAGGGGGAUACGUUGUAUUGGUUGAGGGACGGGACUUAUAAGAGGUUUACGAUGGAGGACUUGAAGAAGAUCGAGGGCGGGAGUGUGAAGUUAUGA